UGUAAUGUCAACUGGCAUUUCACAAAAAUAUCAAUUAUAGCAAACAAGAAAUACUCCUUUUCAAUUAAUUAACACGGCAAAUAGUGUGCGACAUCGUUAUCCAGGCUGAAUAGGAUAGGAAAAGAGCAGACGGUGUCCAGGAGGAGCGACCACAAUUCAAGGCGCCUGGCCAGAAAUGGCCCAACGUAAUCUAACACUGCCAACGCCCACCGCAACAACAAUAAUGCUGUCGUCACCAGCAACAACAGCAACCACAAUGGCCGCAACUACAACAACGACGCCAACCACAUUUUUUACAUACAGUAUACCAGGCAUGGACAUUGCGCCGGCCCCAUUUAUAUUCACCUACGUUAGUGAAUUUUUAUCGCUUAUCACGCCCGAGGAAUUGCCAUUCGAUUCUAUACGCGAUGUCCUACAUAAUAAUGUCACACUGCUCGACUUUGCAUCAAAUGCCAUGAAAAUCGAAUCGGGUUUCAUAGCAAUAAUCAGUAUAUUCGCCAUACUUGCCCUCGUCCCGCUGAUUGCAACUUGUGCCUGGUGCUGCGGCCGACGUGCCAUUGAGGAGGAGGCAGAGAUGAGUCGCAACGCGCCGGUGCAUAUACGGGACGAGGCAUUCGAGGAGAGUCUGAAAUGCCGCAAAAGCGCAGCAGUUGUCACGCUCUGGAUUGUCUUCAUACUGCUCACCCUGAGCGACUUUUGCAUAUUUUAUGCAAACAGUCGCCUGUCGACUAGCAUCGAGAUGACACCCGAAAUGGUCAAGUCUGCUGUGCACGACGUCGAAGCCUUUCUAAAGGACACGCAUCUACAAAUCAAACACAAACUGGAUAAUGGCUUUCAUGUUUCCGUUGAGAAAGUCGUCAAAGACUUGGAAGACGUGGAUAUUCUCCUUGGCGAGCCAAUUCAAGCGGAAAUAUCUGCACACACUGGCCUUGAGCUGGCAUAUGAUUCAUUGACGACACUUAGCCUGGCGAACGCCGAGCUCAUCUAUCGGGUCCUGAUGCUGCAGGAGACGGUUGGCCGGGCACUAAAAUUGUCCCAAGAGGCGGCGGCACGCAUGGAGGAACUGCAGAUACAGCUAUCCGUGUUACAGCGCCAAUGCACAUACCGAGAUCGACCACUCUGCGAUACAUUGCGUAUACGCAGUUUUGAGGAGAACGGGGUCGUGGAUGCACUGAAGACGCUGCAAGAAGACCAGAGCAUUUUUCGUAUGCGCUACUUGGGUGAAAUUGAAUUUGGUGCCACUGUCAAAAAUCUGACGUCGGAAGUUGGUGUGUCACGUUCCAUUUUCAGCAAUUUCCCGCAACAAGUUAAACAUGACACGGCAUAUGAGCGAAAUUACACACUGGACCAGCUGGCGAAUAUUCGCCACCGAACCACCGCCAAUGCUCAAUUGUUGACAGCAACGGUGAAUAGAUUGCUGACGCGGUUGCAGGGCACCUGGGACUCAAUGCAGCCGGCCUACAACGAGCUAAAGGACUGGGCCAACACCUACUGGAGUCUAGGCUGGAUAGCGGCGAUGGUGAUUGUUUGGGUAAUGCUCUUCAUGCUCAUGUCCUACUGCUGUUUUCUGUGCGAGUCGAACACAAAGUCGGGCGUGGUGUUCUUUAUAGCUGUCCUGAUUAUUUGUCUGGGCAGCGUAGCCCUAACUCUCUACGGCAUAUUCUCACUGGCCAUUGGCGGCAACUCCCAAGUAUUCCUCUGCCGUUCACUCUACGCCGACAACAAUUACGAGCUGCUGGGUAAGUUGUUUGAUAAGCCGGGCUAUGUAUACGCAAGGGAACCGCAGACGGGAAUUAUUGGCGAGCUUCUGCGACCGGCCGGUGUCAAUCGCUCCGUCGUCAAUGUGAGUCUCGGCACGGCGCUCAGGGGCUGCGAACAAAAUCAAGCAUCGUACAAUGUCUUUCAAUUGGAUGCAUUCGUUAAUACGACAAAAAUAGCCGAUUUGAAACAGUUCCCAAAGGUUUCGUCGGCCAUCGAUUCAAUUUCUGUGUCGGAACGUACACUGCUCUCGCUGACUCAGGCCAUUCAGAACAUACUGGAGAACAUGCUGCAAACGUCCGCAUUUAAUUUGACCACAUAUCGCAACAGUGUGGGUGCUCCCACGCCCGAGAAGGAUUUGGCAACGUUCAUUGAUCAGAUGCAGCGAGUUGCCCUCCAGAUUCAAGAUGUUGCCACAUCAUCACGCAUGACAACGCUUGGUAGUCGCUCAAAACGUUUACAAGCUUCCAUCCUGCAGCCUUUGGAAAACCUUCAGAAUGAGAUAUUGUACCACCUGACUGCGUUGGAAUUGCAGCGAGAUCCCUGGGCGAAGCAGGUCAACCAGACGCUUAACCAUUUGAAGAAUAUACAGGGCUACCUGGAGAACAAGGCCGGUGAGAUUUGCCACAAUCAGACGCGCGUAUAUACGGAACGCCUCAAAACGUAUCUGACUAGCAGCCGUGCGACCAUGGAAUCCCAGCUCGGCGACACAACUACAAAGUGUCGUCCAUUUUAUGACACAUUUGAUGCCAGUCGGACCUUCCUCUGUCGAAAUAUGGUUGAUUUCAUAAAUGCCCUGUGGUUCUUCACCUUUCUGACGCUGCUGCUCUGGGCCAUUGGUACGCCAGUGGGUCUUAACCUAAUUGGCAUACAAACCCGGCUGAAUGCCAUGCAGGUGGCCCAGACACGCAGCAAACAUCAUCGCAGCGAUCAGCGAAGUGGGAGUCGAGGUCGGGGACGGGAACGGGAACGCGAACGCGAACGGGAGCGGGAACGCCAGCAGCAGCGAACCCGUAGCAGUAGUUCUCGACGGGAACAGCGUGAGCGUAGCACGAGCAGCACGGCACGCGCAAAGCCGCCAUUGUAA